AUGAAAUUAUUAUUGUUUGUGUUAUUCGUAUACACUUAUGCGACAAGUGCACAAUAUAGAUAAGCAAUGGAAGAUGUAUAUAUAUAACUAUAUAUUAGCUUAAUGAUGAUAAUUUUGGUUAAACCCUACUUGAAACCAUUCAAAUGCAUAUCUAAUCAGAUGAGCCUGUAGGUAAUUUGAUCAACAUGUUAUAAAAUCUAUAAUCAUAAGUUGAAAAAGUGUAAAAUAAAGCUGAUGAAUAACAUAAGAGAAUCACUACAAAUUGCAAUAUCAAUCUAGAUUAAUUGAAUGACCAAAUCAAUAAUUAUAAAAUUAAAUCUGUUACUCUAAAAUCAUAUAUUGAUAAUCUAAAUCCAAAUGUGAAAUAGAGUGUAUAAACAGUAGAAAGAAAAUAAAAAGAAAUAGUAUUUUUACAUAUAAUACAGAUAGGAUGAUUAUAAGUAAGAAUUAAAAUAAGCAGAAGAAAAAAGAGAUAAAGAACAUAAUACUUACACCAUUAUUCUUGAUAACCUUGAAUAAGCCUUAUUUGGUUUUCAUUAAAUAAAGUUAGCAUUUAAUCAAUUUAUUGAUUCUGUAUAAAAAGGUUAACGUAAAUUUGAGUCAUUUGUUGAAAUGAAAUCAAUUUUAAAAUAAGUUAAACAUACUUAUAAACUUGAAGGGUAUAAACAUAUUGUAUAAUUACUAUAGUCUCUAUCAAAAUAGACAAGUGAAGAAGUAUUAAAUUUCAUAAAUAUUAGGAAGCAUUAAAAUUAGCAAUUUAAUUAAGUGCAAUUCUCAAAUAAAUUGAAUCAUAUAUACAAACUGAACGAAUUAGAGAAGAUCAAGCUGAAUUAUCAAGAUAAACUGCUUAUUCUGAUUACAGAUCUCAAAUAGCUGAUUUAUUUAAUGAAGCUUCUAAAUCUCUUACUGAAAUGACAGGUAUGAUUUGUGAAUAAAUGAGGAAUAUUGGAUAGUUAGUCUAAUGAGUUAAAAUAGAGUGAAAAUGAAAAGAAAGAGGCUGAUGUUAGAUUACAAAAUAAAAUGAAAGAAUUUGAUAAUAUUCAAGCAGAAUGUUCAAUAUUAGAUUAAGAAUAUUAAUAAUAAAAUAGAUAGAGAAAUUAACAAAGUAAAUUACUUGAUUAAGCAAUUCUAUUAACAACAACUUCAUUAGGAUAAUUAAAGAGUGACUUAUUAAAACAUGCUGAAGUUUAUUGA